CCCCACAUAGCGACAAUGAGUUCGCUCAACUCAAACCCCCCGAGCGCAGACCUCCAUGUCAGCACCAACGGCACUGACUGGCUUUGGGCUGCGUUCUGCUUCUUCGCCUUCGUUCUCAUCAUCAUCGUAAUCAUAACCAUCACUAGACCCCGCGGUGCCCGGUUAUUCCAUGAGAUGGCCGUAGUCAUCCUGGCGAUCUCCACUAUCACCUACUUCUCUCUGGCCUCUGGCCUCGGUAACGCACCUGCACCGGUCGAGUUCCGUGGAAACGGCGGAGAGCCUACCCGGCAGAUUUCGUACGUCCGGUACAUCCAAUGGGCGAUUAAUCUCCCGCUAUUGCUCCUCACAUUGCUGCUCGCCACCGGCUUGCCCUUGUCCAACAUCGUCAUCACCGUGUUCAUGGGUGUCAUCUUUGUUGUGAUGGGCCUGGUCGGCUCGCUAGUCCACAGCACUUACAAGUGGGGUUACUUCGUCUUCGGUGUCGCCGCUUUGUUCUUCAUCUGGUACGUGCUGUUGUGGCACGCGCCCUCGAUGACGUUCGCUGCCGGUGGCAUUGUCCGUCGCGGCUACUACGUCGGAGCAGGAUUCUUCUCGUUCAUCCUCUUGACCUACCCAAUCUGUUGGGCAUGUUCUGAGGGUGCCAACGUCAUCUCGGUCACCUCCGAGAUGAUUUGGUACGGUAUCCUGGACAUAUUCGGAGGCCCAAUCUUCCUCUUCAUCCUGCUCUUCGAGCUCCGGAACGUCGACUACAACGCCUUCGGUCUUCAAUCGGGCAAGUAC